CACGCUUCUUCGCGAUUUUCUUUGUGGAGGAGGCCGAGCCGCUAAGCUUCGUUUAUUGAACGUGCAAGCCCUAUGUAAGCGGAUUUAUGUGUUUUACAGUAAAUAUUUACCACAGCGGUGAGAUAUAUCGUUAACUUCCAAUUAUACACACCUCUUAUCGUAGAUAUUUUGUAAUGAACGUGGAAGACAAGAAUAUUUGACAAAUAAGGGAUAGAUCGGGAGAUAUCGUCAAAUAAGAAGGCAAAGGAGAGUAUAAUUUUAGCGUGAUUAGAUGUAAAAUGUGGUUUUUGUGAUACGAAUACCUCGGCGUCGGGUGUGUGGAGCUGGAGCGAAGGAAGAUCGCUUGCUUUGAUUUGCAAAUUUCACGGAUAUACUGAAGUAAAUAAAUAUUGCAGAAAUGGCGACAGGAAUAGUGAGCAACCAACGGAAUGCCUCUGGUUUCAAGAAACAAAAUCUUCCGAACAUCGAGCACCCCAUGUCUCGACUUGGGGACCGAAAAUCAAUGAAUGUUACUGGAUCCAAUCGUCCAGAUUCCGUGAUGAGUCCCCGACCCCGUCAGAACUCCAGCGGGAGAGAGGCGAGGACUCCGCCUCUAGCUCAGGCAGGUCGAGCUUCUGUAGUCGGUCUCCAUGCGUGGGAUGAGCCAGACCAUAAUCUACCUCCUUUGCAGAAGGAUGGAGGGAAAGAAAAUAAACGAUCAAAGAAGCAAAAACAUUCAAGAAUGAUGACAUGGCCUCCAGCACAUGAGCAGGGGCCGGGAGAAAGACGAGCUAAGUCAGCCAAGGUACCGAGCAGUGCUGAAUUUCUCACAAAAUACUCAAGAAAUCCGGAUGAGCUGAUUCAGGUUCUACGGGUCAAACUUGUCUCAGGUUUCCAUGGCCUUCGUCAGAUGUUCAAAGGUCAUGACCCUCAGGGCAAAGGUCGCGUGUCAAAGAGUGCAAUGGGUCAGAUUCUCUACCCUCUUAUUGGUUACAUCACUCAUGAAGAUGUAGCAAGGCUUUUGCACAGACUUGGGCUGGAGAGAGAUGACACUCUUACAUUUGAUGAUUUUAUUGCAUGCUUUAGAGAUACAGAGGUUGUUCAGCGGGAGUGGUUGAGUCCCGUUGCAAAAAAGAGGGUGGCGGCCGAGAGGCGUAAGUUACACCCGGAGGAACACCUCAGAGAUAAAGACCGGGCUCUUCCUCAUCAGAAAUGUACCGCAGUAUACGGCAAUGCAUUGCUGAAAGAGAAAUGCAAGCACAGUGAUUUUGACAUUAGGAAGUACCUUGCACCAUCCUGCUUUGAACCAGGAGGAACAGUUCUUGGUCUUCAGCUCCAAGAAUGUUUGGCUCUCUUAGGAGGGCAUCUUGAUGAUGAGGAGAUGACAAAAUUAUGGUCUAGGUAUGACAUUGAGAAUACAGGAGCCUUAGAUAGUGCAUGGUUCUUCAUACAACUUGGAUUAGAUGGCAAUGGUCGCUAUAACCCACGAGCUAGAACAGCGCCUCCAUCUAGACGGCAGAAGUACUCUCAGUUGCCUUCAACACCAAGGAUCCAAGAGGAAGAAGAGUUGGACUUUCCUGAAUCUCCAAGGAUCCCAACACCGCCCUCUAAUGGCAGACAAUCGAACAGUCGAAUGGGUCCUGCAAGAGCACUGUCAGCUGAUGUCGUCAGUUUCAUCAUAAGAAAACUGGAGCAACCUUUCAACAACUUAAUGGCUUCAUUCCAGAUGGCAGAUAACACAGGGAAUGGUCUCCUUGGUAUAGAACAGUUCAAGAAGGUUCUUUGUGACUAUGGGAUUAAGAUGCAGUAUGUGGAUGCAGAGAUGAUGAUGGAAAGAUGUGGAUUGAGGAGAAAAGAUGGUCGAGUGAUGUACAGGGACUUUCUUCUGAAGUAUAUGAUGAGAUCAGCUAAUGGUAUUGCUCAUAGGAUUAUCAUGGACUCUAGUCACAAGUUCAAUACUCGACUGAACACCCCUCAGGGUUAUCUGUGUGUGGAUGAAGCAGAGGCCAAGCUGGUAGAACUCAUCCAUAAAGACUUCCUCAGUCUGCUAGGAAUGUUCAAAUCCCUUGAUGUUUACAAUCUAGGACUUCUCACCCAGCGAGAUUUCAAAGACACCGUAGAGAAGGUGUUCAACAUUCGCAUGAGCAAAGACCAGUUCAAUGAGAUCCUCUAUGAGUACGGCCAGGAAGACGGACUGGUUCAGUACUCACAAUUCCUGACUGUCUUCAACAGGAGGAGGUUUAUACCAUUUCAAACCCAGCCCAAAGUCCAGAACAAUCAGCACGAGACCAGUCCACCCGACAUCUAUAGGGUCCAGGAAUCACCCGAUGGAGAGGACCAGGAGGACGAGAUGGGGGCGUGGCUUGCUCAAUCAGCAGCCAAUCAGGAGGAAGCUAUGGAGACAUCCAGGCCUGUGAUUGGUGGAGGGAAAACUAAGAAAAUGGAGGGCAGAUAUAAACCUGUGUCUGAGAUAGCAGCAGAGGUGGAGAUCCAGCUGAAGAAGAAAGGGUACACGGUUCAAGACUCUUACAACAGACUUGAUCCCAAGUACACCGGUCGACUGUCAAAGACACAAUUUUAUAAAUGGCUUUCAGAUAUGGGAAUAGCUCUUCACCCUUCUGAGCUCCAGGAGCUAUGGAAAGCCAUGGAUAUCGCUCGGGAUGGACUCGUCCAUUAUGCUGAGCUGUUUGAUUUCUUCCUGCAUAGAACAAAGAGACAACCAAUUGCAGAUAAGGAAGCAUCUCUAAGAAGAGCUAAGGCCGGUAACCAACCUCCUCCAGUCAGGAAUAGCUCUGAGAUGAAGGAGAUGAUGGAACUCUACAAGAUACCGGUCUCAACAGUGGUAGAGAAAAUCAGACCAGAUGUUGUCAGUAACUGGAAUGGUCUAAAGGAAAGACUGAAAUCACUGGAUCCACAGGGCUAUGCCACAAUCUCCACUCCAGAUUUUCAGAGACUGGCACAAAGGUUUCAGUUCCGGUUAACACCCAGAGAGCUUGAGAGAUUAACUAUGAGUUUUGAUCAUCACCAAACUGGAAAUUUCCAUUACAUAGACUUUCUGCGUCUGUUUUCUGAGAGCAAGAAGCCAGCACAGCAUGGGGGACAGGCAUACCAUAGAAACUUCCAUAAGAUAACACACCAGACAUCGAAGGGUCCAGAAGAAGUGACAGUGACAGAGACAUUUGAUAAGAUUGGCAGAAAGAUCCUUGGUGAUUGGCGUAGCAUACGACGUGCUUUCAAGAAAGCCGACCUCAACGGGGACGGUCACCUGAGCAUACCGGAGUUCAGACGUAUCCUUGCCAACAUGAAGGUCAACAUCGCAGAGGAAGACUUCUACCACAUCGUCAGUGAGGUGGAUGAAAACAUGGAUGGGAAUAUAUCGUACGAAGAGUUUCUUGCGCAGCUUAUGCCGAGAUGAAACUGCCUUUAUAUAAUGUAGGAACUGAUCAAAGAGUGAGAGGUAACAGUGCUUCCUUGUUUAAAGCAUGUCUGCACUAGUUUGACCAGGAGGGAUACGUCCCUGCGUGGUCACUGACAGGUGGUUAUCUCAUCAAAUCAGCUCUCAAUUAACAUAAGAAAAAGGGAUUAUGGGGGACCAACAGGUACCUCUUAGGCGUUGUGUGCCUAUAUAGAGGGCGCAAGUAGUGCAGACAGGCUUUAAAGCAGAAUGCCUGAUUUUGAGGAAUAUCCCGAGGUUAGCGCAUAUAAAAUAAAUUUGUUUAAAUACAUGUUUUUGUAAGACAGUACGGUAAUUGGUCAUGAAUGAGUAAGAUUUUAAGAAUAUCUGUAAUCAAUUUCAUAAAUUGCUACCUUUCAUUUUUAGCGAGAGAUAUCUUGAGUGUCAUAACAAACCUACAUUAUGAGGGUUUAUUGUUGAUUAUGUCGGAGGAAGGUAAUCCUGGUAGCUGUCAGAAUCAUGUGUAAAAAUCAGAAGAUACUGAGUGACAAUCAAAUAGCUUCAUUUUCAUCAUGAGUAUAUUUUCUUUGAAAGAGAGAGAGUUUGGGCUUUGUUUUGGUGAAUGGAUAUACCCAAUGUUGAUGUAUUUAUUUGUAUGGGAUUUGUGAACUUAAUAUAGUAAGCCAAUUUCAUGUAAAUUCAAAAGCAGCUUAUUUUUAUACUACAGAUUUUUUAUUCUUGUGAGGCGAUGUUUUUUUUUAGUAUGGUAAAGUAUUUUAGUCGUCUUAGCCUAAAUCUGUCACAUGUAAUAUGCUGGGUUUUUUUCUUCAAAGGAACACCUCUUGGUAAUCAGUAAGUGUCCAUUUGCUAUCAGGGUUUUAGCAAGCCUGAUUAAGGUAUACACCAGAAAUAGGCUACCAGUAGCUAUCUACUGAAUUAGGACAAGACCAGUUUCGAUUGGGCAGAUGUGUUCCUAUGUAAACAAGAUUGUUAAAAUAUGCACCAUAUGUUUUCAAGGCCAAAAAUUGUAAGGAAGAAAUGAAAGCUUUACGAAAUGAGAAUCAUGCAUGCUGCAAAUUCAUUCUUUUUAAAUUUUUAUAUGAUAAAUACAGAUUUUUGUUAUUAAUUGUUGUUAUAGAUAUAUAUUAAUGACUGGCAAAGUGGUUAAUGUCACAAUGAGAAAGAGAGAGAAAGAGAACUGGAAUAUAAUAUUUAUAAAUCGAAAGAGAAAUAGUGGGACUUUAAAUCGUAUAUUAAAAGAUAAGAAUGGGUUAGGAGGAAUGAUUUACACUACGUUCAAGUGUCUCACUUUGUUACAGAUAGUAUGAUCAAACAACUAUGUAUUUUUACUUCGAGAUCAGUCUCAUCAAAUAUCAUAAUAUUAUAUAAUUAUUUAUUGUACAGUUGUAUAUUAAAUAUAAUGAAUUGAUCGUCCAUUCUUAUGAAUUUCAUACAGUUAUUUAAUUAAAUUUUUAAUUUUAUUUGUACAAAAUUAACAAAUAAUGGUAGGGAGUCCUUUCUAUUCAAGAUAAUUCACAUCUUUAUAAAAGAAUACAUGUGUAUAUUCCAUGAUAUAUCUGAUAAUUGACUAUUCUGAAAUAGCCUGGCUGAAGAACAAAUUGUGAUCAAAAAAUUAUAAUUUAUCAUAAUUUAUGUAAUUGUCAAGAGCAUGAGAGAGAGAGCAACAUAGUUUCACCAUUUCGUGGGGAAAUACUAUCAUUGGAAUAUAUUCCUUCAGUAAUAUAUUUAAUGUAUAUUACUGCAAAGUGAUGUAAAUGAAAAACUUCACCAAAAAUUGUAUUGUUUUUGUAGGAUAUUUUUUUAGCCUUUGUACACAGAGAAUUGUAUUUGUAUAUAUGUUGCCGUUUUGUGGUGAGGUCUUAGAUUAUACUGAUUUCAUUUUUGUCCAUGAAACUAUAUAUAUAUAUAUAAAAGUACUUAUCAUCUCAUUUGUAUAUAUUUCAUAUGGUAAGUAAAUAUUAAAAGUCCAUAUUUCCAUGAAUCACUAU